AUGUCUGACGAUACCCCAGUCAAAUCCAUCUUCGAUACUCCAUCGGCUAAGCCAUCUACUGCGAAAAGGUCACAAUUUGAACGGCAGAAAGCUGAAGCCGAAGCAAAGAGACAGAGAGAUAAGGCCGAGACCGCAGCUGUCUACGAAGACUUCGUCAAGUCCUUUGACCAUGAUUCAGGCCCAUCCACCGCCUUCAAUACCUUCAGUGGACGAUCUACUCAACAUCCUCACCACCAUGCGUCAACUACGGGCCACUCGACCAGCGGCCCAUCCAAACGACAUUUCGCAGGCCCUAUGCGAAAUUCUUCUGAAGCUCUCGGAAGACCGCCUGCUUCUUUUUCUAAGAAAAGACCGUUUGAUUCACUAAGAGACUCUCAACGAGAUCGGGAUAAACCUCGUGGUAUAUUUGGAUUUGAAGGCUCGCGCCCAGGCGAUUCGAUAAAUGCAUUCCAAGCCUCGGAUGGAGAGGAGGAUAAGACCGCCGAUAAGAAAGAAGCCGAGAAAGCAGCUGCCAAACCUACAUUGCAUGUCUCUUCUCUACCUCCGGGGACUUCGCCGGCUGUUAUAAAGUCUUUGAUUCCACCAAUAUUAGUUGUGGAUAACGUGAAGAUAUUACCUCCUCCACCCCCGGCGCAUGGUGGUGGACACGAAAAGCGAAUAUGGUCUGCAAUUGUUACGCUGGCUCAAGAUACUGCUGCCACGGACAUGGAUACGGUAGUGAGCUCGUUGCAAAAUAAAUAUCUAGGCUGGGGCUUUUAUCUGUCGAUUUCUCGCCAUCUAUCGUCCGCGGCUAUCCAUUCGACUAUCCCCAUCACACCUGGCUCAACUUCACUAACUAACCAGCCCUUUGGUGCUCGCCCUAUAACUCGUACCAGCCAUUUUGGGCGUGGAGGGCCUCAUCGUUCUGGAAUUGCGCCCCCAUCCUCAUAUGACUCUAGAUACGGGAGCAGGAGCAACCAGGGGCUUCAGGUAGACGUCAAACCACCUUCAGACUUGCGCCAGUUAAAGCUGAUACAUAAGACGAUCGAGAAUAUGCUAACGUUUGGACCGGAAUUCGAGGCCUUAUUGAUGAGUAGGCCGGAAGUUCAAAAGGAGGAAAAGUGGGCUUGGAUCUGGAACCCAAAGAGCACAGGGGGAGUAUGGUAUCGUUGGAAGCUAUGGGAUAUUUUGACAAAUCCCGGGAAAAGACGUGGGGGACGAGGCCGUGUAUCGUCUACAGUGAUAUUCGAGAAUGGCCCUAUUUGGUCUGAACCAGAAAGGAACCUACAAUUCGAGUAUACCACCAAGCUUGAUGAAUUUGUUUCCGAUGAAGACUAUGAUUCUUCCGAUGAGGAUGAUUCGGAUAGAGAGGAAGAGAAGAAAUUAACCGAGACUUCAAACGAUGCAUCUAAUGAUGGGAUGGGCCAUUUGAACCCCUUGCAAAAGGCAAAACUCACGCAUCUACUAGCAAGACUUCCUAUAUCGCACUCAAAACUUCGACGGGGCGAUGUAGCGCGAGUGACUGCAUUUGCUAUUAAACAUGCUGGCGGAGGAGGAGAUGAAGUCGUUGAUAUGAUUGUAUCCAACGUCAAUAAACCAUUUGCUUAUACCUCUGCAAACCCUGAACGGCAGAAGGACGAGAAUGAAGCUUCGGGACCUGGACUAGGCCAGGAUGAUGCUGAAGAGCCUGCGAAUGCCAAUAAUACCGAAUCUACAGACAGAAACAAAAAGCCAGGCGCAGGGGAGAAAUUGGAUACAUCAUCAGCCAGCUUGGUAGGCCUUUACAUCAUAUCAGAUAUCCUCUCAUCCUCAUCCACAAGUGGCGUACGGCACGCGUGGCGCUAUCGACAGCUUUUUGAAAAUGCUCUGAAACAGCAAAAAACGUUUGAAAAGCUAGGUCGUGUUGAAAAAGAGCUUGGCUGGGGUAGAUUGAAAAUUGAGAAAUGGAGACGCAGCAUCGGCAUCCUUCUCAACUUGUGGGAAAGCUGGUGUGUUUUCCCACAGGCAAGCCACGAGGCCUUUGUCAAAUCCUACGAUCAUCCUCCGCCCACCGAAAAGGAGCAAGCAGAAGAAAAGGCUCGUGUGGAAGAAGGGAAAGAAACAGGUGUGUUUGGUGGGAAGGGCAAAAAUAAAUGGAAAUCUGUUGAAGACAAUGGCAGUACCGAGCAGUUUAACCCCGCUAACCCUACGGACGAUGGCGAACCUAUGGAUCUAGACGUUGAUGGAGCUCCGGUUCAUGAAGAUGACUUGGAUGACGAGGUCUUUUCCGAUAUCGAUGGGGUUCCCAUGGAAGAUAGCGAUUUGGAAGAGGCCGAAGACGCUCCUCCGGACCAGGAUAAAUCAGUCAGCAAAGAACAGGAACAAGCGCCAGCUUCAAAGGAAGAACCAGCUUCCAAAGAAACUGGUCCACAGCCUAGUGAACCGGCCCAGCCGCCGCCUCAAAUACGCCGCCGGCCCAAGGCAGAGGACAUGUUUGCGGACUCCGACUCUGAAGGCUGA